AAAUUGUAUGCUAAAUUAAGUUUUUCAAAGCUUUUUAUGUCUUGAAGAUGAUUUCUUCUUUUCAUAGUAACGUAUCCGCUGGAUGUCGUCAAAACUCGGUUGCAAAUGGUACAGAACCGUAUGGAAGGAACCAAAACUGGUAUUAAACCUCCUACAGUGUUGCGGAUCACAUGGCACAUUUUGAAGGAUGAAAGCUUUCGCUCUCUGUUCAGUGGACUUGCUCCAGCAUUAUAUCGGCAUCUCAUUUAUACUGGAUUUCGAAUGGGUAUAUACGAAACUAUGCGAUCCGCAAUUUUUGAUAAGGAGAAACAAAAAAUUUUCCCAGUGUGGCAGUCGGCAACAUGUGGUUUAGUAUCAGGUGCUGUCGCACAGUUUCUGGCAUCACCAACUGAUUUAAUCAAAAUACAAAUGCAAACGAAGAAACGGCGAAAUUCGGCAAACCUUCAACCUCGAUCUUGGAAUUCGUAUCAUCUUCUUGUUGCGCUUUACAAAAGUAACGGUUUCACUGGUCUGUGGAUUGGUUGGCUUCCAAACACUCAGCGAGCAGCGCUACUGAAUAUGGCUGAUCUUGCGACGUACGAUUUUACGAAGCAUUGGUUGAUAGCAAAAGGUUUCCGGGAUAAUUAUUCCACACAUUUCAUGGCCAGUCUUGUUUCGGGCAUGGCUGCCGCAGUUCUGUCCACUCCAGCGGAUGUUGUAAAGACACGAAUAAUGGUUCAACUGCGCAGCAGUGAUGAAAAAUUGGCGCAUCAGUACAAAGGAUCUUAUGAUUGUCUAAAACGAAUUUAUCGAGAUGAAGGUUUUUUUGCACUGUACAAAGGCUUUGUGCCAUCUUAUGUUCGAUCGGUAAAUUAAUUUCUAAUCAAGAUAGGUGAAACUUAUGCUGAAAUCUACUGAAAAAUAGAAAGUAUGAAUUUGUUGGAUUUCUUAAAAUUGAAGUUGUUAAAUAUUUACAUCAGUUUAGGCGCCUUGGUCAUUGGUCUUCUGGAUAACAUACGAACAGUUGCGACAGAUAUUUAACUUAUCUGGAUUUUAAAGAGCAGCUGUAAACAGAAUGUAGAAACGACGACUAAAAAUAACGAUCUCAUGCUGUAUUUCGAUUAAUUAUUAAAAUGGUAAGGUGGCGGUACCAACUGAUAGUGAAGUUAUCCAUGUAGUUGUAAACGAAUCGUAGUAGGCAAUAAACUAAGUGUUAAAUAAAAUUGC